AUGCAGGCCUCCUCGGGCAUGUUGACCAAGUUCGAGUCGAAGUCUUCGCGCGCGAAGGGCAUUGCCUUCCACCCCAAGAGACCAUGGAUCCUCGUCGCCCUCCACUCAUCCACCAUCCAGCUUUGGGAUUACCGCAUGGGAACUCUGAUCGAUCGAUUCGAAGAACACGACGGACCGGUUCGAGGAAUUGACUUCCACAAGACGCAGCCCCUCUUCGUGUCGGGAGGCGACGACUACAAGAUCAAGGUUUGGUCCUACCAGACCCGGCGAUGUCUGUUCACCUUGAACGGCCAUCUCGACUACGUCCGAACCGUCUUCUUCCAUCACGAGCUGCCAUGGAUCUUGUCGGCUUCCGACGACCAGACCAUCAGGAUAUGGAACUGGCAAAAUCGCUCUCUGAUCUGCACAAUGACAGGACACAACCACUACGCAAUGUGCGCCCAGUUCCACCCCAAGGAUGACCUCGUCGUCUCCGCCUCCCUCGACCAGUCCGUCCGAGUCUGGGACAUUUCCGGCCUGCGCAAAAAGCACUCGGCACCGACAUCGAUGACUUUCGAAGACCAGGUCGCCCGGGCGAACCAGAACCAGACCGAUAUGUUUGGCAACACCGAUGCGGUUGUCAAGUUCGUUUUGGAGGGACACGACCGCGGUGUCAACUGGGUUGCUUUCCACCCAACCAUGCCCCUCAUCGUGUCUGCCGGCGACGACCGCCUCGUCAAGUUGUGGCGCAUGAGUGAAACGAAGGCCUGGGAGGUAGACACAUGCAGAGGGCAUUUCCAGAACGCCUCGGGCUGCUUGUUCCAUCCUCACCAGGACUUGAUCCUUUCCGUUGGCGAAGAUAAGACGAUCCGAGUCUGGGACCUCAACAAGCGCACCGCAGUCCAGUCCUUCAAGCGCGAGAACGACCGAUUCUGGGUCAUUGCUGCCCACCCCGAGAUCAAUCUGUUUGCCGCUGGUCAUGACAACGGUGUCAUGGUCUUCAAGCUUGAGAGAGAGCGCCCUGCAUCUUCAGUUUACCAAAACAACCUUUUCUACAUCACCAAGGAGAAGCAUGUCAGGUCUUACGACUUCCAGAAGAAUAUCGAGAGCCCGACCCUCCUGUCGCUGAAGAAGCUCGGCAGCCCGUGGACUCCUCCCAGAACUCUCUCCUACAACCCGGCUGAGCGCUCUGUCUUGGUUACUUCACCCUCCGACAGCGGCUCCUAUGAAUUGAUUAACCUUCCCCGUGACGGAUCUGGUGCGAUCGAACCUACCGAGUCCAAGCGCGGCCAGGGUAACUCCGCCAUCUUCGUCGCGCGCAACCGCUUCGCGGUUCUGAACACCUCCGGCCAAACGAUCGACAUCAAGGACUUGUCCAACAACACCACCCGAUCUUUCAAGCCCCCUAUUGGAACUAGCGACAUCUACUUUGGUGGCACUGGCAACCUGCUCAUCAUCACACCGACUGCUGUCCACCUUUACGACAUUCAGCAGAAGAAGAGCGUUGCUGAGUUAGCUGUCAACGGUGUCAAGUAUGUUGUUUGGUCAAAUGAUGGCUUGUACGCUGCGCUACUGAGCAAGCACAACGUCACAAUCGUCACCAAGACUCUGGAGCAAGUCAGCACUCUCCACGAGACGAUCCGUAUCAAGAGCGCAACCUGGGAUGAUGCUGGUGUCCUCUUGUACUCGACUCUGAACCACAUCAAGUACACUCUUCUCAACGGUGACAAUGGUAUUGUCCGCACCCUUGAUCAGACUGUUUACUUGGUUCGUGUUAAGGGCCGCAAUGUGUACUGCCUCGACAGAGCUGCCAAACCCAAGGUUCUGCACGUCGACCCCACCGAGUAUCGCUUCAAGCUUGCCCUUGUUAAGAGGAACUACGAGGAGAUGCUUCACAUUAUCCAAAACUCCAGUCUCGUCGGCCAGUCCAUCAUUUCUUACCUCCAGAAGAAGGGCUACCCCGAAAUUGCCCUGCAGUUCGUUCAGGACCCGACUACCCGGUUCGAGCUUGCGAUUGAGUGUGGCAACCUAGAUGUUGCUGUUGAAAUGGCUAAGGAGCUUGACCGCCCUAAGCUAUGGCAGAGAUUGAGCUCCGAGGCGCUGGCCCACGGCAACCAUCAGGUUGUCGAAAUGGCUUACCAAAAGCUCAAGCAGUUUGACAAGCUCUCGUUCCUCUACCUGUCUACCGGUGAUCACUCUAAGCUCGCCCGCAUGGCCAAGAUUGCUGAGCACCGUGGCGACUUCACUGCCCGGUUCCAGAACGCUCUUUUCCUCGGCGAGGUUGAGGACAGAAUCCAGAUGUUCAAGGAGAUUGACCUCUACCCUCUGGCGUACAUGACCGCCAAGUCCCACGGCAUGGACGAGGAAUGCCAAGCCAUUCUGGAGGCUACCGGUCUUACCGAGGACCAGUUGGAGACUCCUACUAUCGGAGAAGCCCUGACUCCUCCCAAGCCUGUUGUUCCCACUUUCAAGGCAAACUGGCCUACAAAGGCGACGUCAGUGUCCGUCUUCGAGAAGGCUCUCCUCGGCCAGGUCGAAGGUCUGUCGUUGGAGGACCAGCCUACAGCGGCUAACGGAUUCGACGAUACUGUCGAGGACGACGCGGCGAAGAAGAACGGCAACCUCAUCGAUGCCGAGGACGACGAUGAUGCUGCUGGCUGGGAUCUGGGCGAGGACAUUGUCCCGGAGGUUGACAGUGACUUCGUCAACGUAGACAGCGCGGAGGCCGGCGGCGCUGGAAGCAGCGAGGCUGACCUCUGGGCUCGUAACUCUCCUCUGGCUGUGGACCAUGUUGCCGGUGGCUCAUUCGAAUCGGCCAUGCAGCUUCUCAACAGGCAAGUGGGUGCGGUCAACUUUGCGCCACUUAAGCCUCGCUUCCUUGAGGUCUACCAGGCAUCAAGGACAUAUCUGCCAGCUUCUGCGGGUCUUCCUCCGUUGAUCAACUACGUGCGACGCACUGUCGAGGAAACAGAUCCGAGAAAGGUGCUGCCGAUUGUGCCCCGCGAUCUCGAAUUCCUCGCCACCAACGAUCUUCAACAGGGUUACAACUCCAUGAAGACCAACAAGCUUGAAGAUGGCCUAAACGUCUUCAAGGGCAUCCUCCACGCCAUUCUCAUUAACGCUGUGUCCAGCGAGAGCGAAGUUGCCGAGGCGAAAAAGCUCAUCACGUCUGCCAGCGAAUAUGCAGUCGCUAUGGAAAUCGAGCUCAGCCGCCGCCAGCUUGGCACCAGCGCCGACCAACUCAAGCGCAGCCUGGAGCUGUCCGCCUACUUUACCAUUCCUAAGAUUGAAGUUCCUCACCGUCAACUUGCCCUCCACAACGCGAUGCAGCUGGCCAUCAGGAACAAGAACUACAACUCGGCGCUGAGCUUCGCCAACCGCAUUAUCGCGAACGGCGGCUCUAGCAAGCUGACCGAGAACGCCAAAAAGGCAAAGGCACAGUGCGAGCGCAACCCGUCGGAUGCGAUCAACAUCGAGUUCGACCAGUUCGCCGAGUUUGAGAUUUGCGCAGCAAGCCACACACCCAUCUACAGCGGCACUGCGUACGAAGAAUGUGCCUUUGACGGUUCCAAGUACCACAGCAAGUACAAGGGGACCGUUUGCAAGGUGUGCGAGGUGUGCGAGGUUGGCAAGCACGGCAGCGGCUUGAAGCUCUUCGCGUAA